GUGUCUCCCACAGGCAGAUCUUGUGGAGGAUCAUCCCUUGACCAUGGGGCUUUUACAGGGAGCUGAAUAUUACAUAUGCGAUCAUGGAGCAGGGCAAGGCUAAAGCUCUUGUUUGCCAACAAAAUGUCAUGGUGGGCUGGGGGACAAAGAUGAAAAGCGCUGAUCAAGACGAUGGACUUAGAAGAUGAACCCGGGAUUAAACUGGAGUUGUGAGUUACUCACCAGGUUUACCAUGUCUUUCAGCACCGCAUUACGAUCAAAAAUAGUGAGACUGGCAGUUUUUCAGUAUUGCUUUUAAUAUUAAAUGUCUCCUGAUUGCAGUUAAAUAUAAAUUGUUUUCCACAUGUUGGACAUUUGUGAAACUAUUGUGUCAGUUGUGUUGUAUUUCAGUAUUAUCCACAGAUCUGGAGAUGGAGGGAGCUGAAUUACUGAGACCAAAACAGCACAAGCAGUAAGGACAAUAUCUCCUCUGUCUGUCUCUGCUCUUCCUCCAGUACUUGUCAUCCGCCCUGUUUAUCUGUCCAGAGCCACAUGCCAGCAGGAGGACAGUCUCUUAUGUCAACUUUGACAUGAUGCUCCUGUCGCUGACAGGGAUAAUGCUGAUGAUGACAUCUGGCUGGUCACAUAUUUGACAGUCCUGCGGAAACAGAAGGAGGUGGUCAGUGUGGAAUCAACGCCAGUGACCCUGUUUGUCUGGAACUUCUCCAAAUACGUCUCUGUCACUUAAGACAAGCGUGCCGUAUGGGCACCUGUGACUAUGGCUGUGUAGUCCUCGUGUAACCUUGUUGGGGCGGCGUAGAGCUUAACAAAUGGACUGCUGUGGUUUGCCCUCCAGAGGAGAGCAUUAAACAGGUGAAGCCGAACACUGCUCUCAUUAGUCACAGAUGCAGUCGUCUGCCACUCACCAGAGACUGAUGCCAGAAUACUGAAAGUUUCUAUUGCUAUUUCUGCCUGCACCCUAGAGACACUUGAGGAAUGGCUCACACUCUGUGACUGGAUGUUAGCUCAGUGGAGUUUACAGUACUGCUGGGGACCAUGCAGAUAAGAGGAGGAAACCAGCCACAUCUUCAACCUGUGGGACUGUAGUUUCCUUCCAGAAAUGCUACUUUUUCAUAUUGAGGAUCUGUGUGACUGAACCAAUCAUGGCCAGCACGGCGGCUCAGCUCCUUGGUUUCUUCUUAGGCCUGUUGGGCUUUACGGGAACUGUGGCUGCAACUCUGCUCCCCCACUGGCGCACCACAGCAUACGUGGGCUCAAACAUCAUCACAGCCACAGCCUACAUGAAAGGCCUGUGGAUGGAGUGUGUGUGGCACAGCACUGGCAUUUACCAGUGUGAACUGUACAGAUCUCUGUUGGCAUUGCCUCAUGACCUGCAGGCUGCCCGGGCACUCAUGGUGCUCUCCUGUAUCACCUCAGUCCUGGCAUCUCUGGUGUCUGUUAUGGGUAUGAAGUGUACCCGCUUUGCCCGCGGCUCAUUCGUCAAGACUCCACUGGCGACGAGUGGGGGAAUUGGUUUCCUCUGUGCUGGUCUUCUCUGUCUUAUCACUGUGUCCUGGACCACCAAUGAUGUCAUAUUGGAUUUCUACAGCCCCUUCCUCCCCAGUGGGCUGAAAUGUGAGAUCGGCCUGGCAGUGUACCUCGGUUACGCGUCGUCCUGCCUCAGUCUGUGUGGAGGACUGGUGCUGUGCUGGAGCAGCAACGUUGCCAGGUCACAGAGACCCCCGCAUAUACAGAGGAUUCCAGCAUCAUCACCUCCUCCUGCCUUCAACAUCAUUUAUCCCCCUGCUCCACUCUACAAGCCACCGGAGGCCCUGAAGGAUAAUCGCACCCCCUCAUUGUGCUCCCUUUCCAGCAAUGGCUAUCGGCUCAAUAACUACGUCUAAAUUGCGGUGGAUCUGUGCAGCUCUGCACAAUCAAACUGAACCUUUCUCCAACUCAUUAUUAUUUUGUUGUUUCUUGUCUCCUCUACACCUGUGAAGCAAGAAAGAAAAUGUGAAAGGAAGGACAAGUACCUCACCUUCUCAUGUUUAACCAAACAUUACUUGCAACAUAUCACACUUCAACAAAUUCCUCUGUUCUUCUCACUGUCACCAGAAGUGAGGUCACACUUAAGUUUUCCCUCGCUAAUCUGGGAUUCACUGAGUGUUUGAAGAGAACUGCAUGGAAAAUAAAACUGGUUGCCCUGCUACACAACUACAGGACCAGAAGGUGGCGUCAUUGUCCUGCAAAUAAUCACAGAGAAGCGAGACCAUGUAGUGAAGUUCACUUCCCACAUUCUAACCUCUGACACUCGUGUUAAUUAAUGACCACAUGUUUAGUCACUUCCUUAUUGAAGCCUGAAUGUUUUAACUGGCAUUAACUUUUUGUAGAAGACAAUGCUCCACAUCAGUACCUUAAACACAUUAAUCAACACUAUAUGGACAAAAGUAUUUGAAUUCCGGUGUUUCAGUCAGGCAUUGAGCUCGGCCCCUUAUGUCCAAUGAAGGUCUUAUGCUUCAGCAAACUUCUGGACAAUGCUAUGCUGCCAACUUUGUGGCAACAGUUUGAGGAAGGUCCUUUUCUAUUCCAACAUGAUUGUGCCCCAGUGACUAUGGUUUGACGAGUUUGGUGUGGAAGAACUUGACUGACCCGCACAGAGCCAAAUCUGCCUAACGUCAUAAAUGCCCUACGGAAUGAAUAGACACAAAUUCCCAAAGAAAGUCGUUCAAGAAGUGUGAAAGCUGUUUGAGCUGCAAAAGGGAAACCAACCCCAUAUCAAAGUAGCUUCUAAUAAUUGAAAUACAAAUGACAAAAUAAAAACACUUGAUAUCGUCAAAA